UUGCAGUGUCUUUGGGCGAGAUGGUGUGUUUGCUAAAUUAACGCGAUUGUGUUCAUAGUUGAGUCGUUUGCUGCUCGUUAUAAUGGGCAUGACUCUGUCGGGUAUUUAAACGUCACUAAAUUCUCUCGCGGGAUAAAAUACAGCAUGUCAGCGCAUUUUAGACGUUUUUCAGGUAGCGUAUCUUGCUAGCUGCUAACAAGAGACGCGGAUGUUAGCAAAACAUCAUUAACGCCUCAAACGUUGGCAUUGACGUCCCAAUGCUGAAGCAGCGAAUAUCUGCUGUUGAUGAGGUAUUUGCAUUUUUUGGUGGAAGAGGAGGAAGUUUCUCGAACAAAAGAGGAGAAGGAGUGAUAACAUCGCUGUGUUGUUACACAGAUCAGCGUCUUAGCAUAAUAAAACGAAAAGACACUUUGUAUACUGCCACACAAACGAUGGAGGACAUUGGCGGGACCAGGAUCUGCUGCAAGGUGGAGCAGGAGGAGGCAGAGUCCUUGCACAUUAAAGAAGAAGAGGAGGAUCACAGCAUCAGUCAGGUGGGAGAGCAUCUCGAAGGACUGGAGGAGGACCAAGUCAUCCGUGUCAUUGUGAAGGGUGAAGAUGAUGAUGGCAAAGGUCAAAGUGAGGACAAGAGAGAGUCGGAGCCUCCAAGCAGCAGCUCAGCUCAACACGUGACAACAGAAGCCGAUGGAGACCACCGUGCAGGAGCGCAAGGAGACAGCCUCACAGCUCCACUGUCAGAUAGUGACGACACAACGUCACGCUCUCCUGACACUGAUGAUGAAGACCCCAAGCCCGACCUGACAAGUCACACUGACAACACGCGAGUGACAUGCUCGGAAUGUGACAGAACUUUUUACGACAAGAAAACUCUGACAGUGCACAUGAGAACGCACACGGGGGAGAAGCCGUUCGUGUGCUCGGUUUGUGGCAAAACGUUUGCUCAGAGGGGAAAUUUGAUCAAACACACCAGGACGCACACCGGAGAGAAACCAUUUUCCUGCCCAUUCUGCAACACGAGCUAUAGUGAUCGUUCCACUUUAGUGAAGCACAUUCGAAGACACACUGGGGAGAAACCUUUCAGCUGUUCAUUCUGCGGCGAGAAAUUCUCUCGCAAGUCAAACUUGAUAACACACACACGAACGCACACGGGGGAAAAACCCUUUUCCUGCUCAGUCUGCAACGCCACUUUUAGCGACCGCUCAACGUUGAACAAACACACAAGAACGCACACGGGAGAGAAACCCUUUGGCUGCUCAGUGUGCGGCCAAAGAUUCUCUCAAAGGGAACACUUGAGGAGACACACAAGGACGCACACCGGAGAAAAACCAUUUUCAUGCACAGUUUGUAGCAAACGUUUUAGCGAUCGUUCGACGUUUGUUCGGCACAUGGGGAGACACUCGGGACAGACCGCUAAUGUGGACAAAAGGACCUGAAGAGACACACAAGAAGACAUAAUGGUGAGAAAGUGUGCCAGGUUAACAAUCAUGAGGCGUACUAACUGUUGCACAGGGCUUGUGUUUGCCAGGCCUUUAUUAGGGGGAAGGAAUUUAUGAGAAAUUGCAAAACUGUGAUUAAAAAAAUGUCUUUGAACAGUUGAGCUUGCUUUAAAUCAUUUUUAAUUCAGGUUUAGAAUGGCUUGAACUUGGUAUGGACUGAUCAUAAAGACAAGCGAGUCAAUGUGGACGCAUGUACAGGCUGUAUCAGCAAAGUUUUUGGAGUGCAUUGAGGACCAUCGUGAGUUAGAGCCUAAAAAUCACUGAAAAAAAAGUCAAUGCUUCGUGAGCUGUGUUCCGUGUAAGCAUUAAUGCCUGUACGUAGGCCUAUCACGAUAAAAAAUGUUGCUGGUCAGUAAUUGUGCUACCAACUAUUGUCGAUAUUCGAUAUUAUCGUCAACAUUUUUGAGACCAUUUUGAAAUAAAUUGUCAUGAGAGGUAUAAAUCACAUUUGAGCCACUAGAUGGUGCACCUGUGUGAGCCACAUUAGCUUGACACAGAAGUUACUCGUACGCAUGUUGUUUAAAAUGUAUGCCCUGCAUGCAAUAUAGCCGUAUUGGAUGGUUGUGUUGCGCGCACCGUUUUGUACCGUUUUGUUUAUAUUUACAAUGCCGACCAAACGCCUCAGUAAAGCCUCCACAAAGAGGCUGAAUGAGAGGACAGGAGGGUUCACUCUCUCUGUUCAUUCCGCUAUAGAAGCAAUGCGCACAGACACAGGCAGAGUGAACCCUCUUGUCACCCAGCCUGGGUGGCACAGAGAGACCAGCAGAUGAAACACGCAUACGCGCACAUGCCAGUUCGUCCAGGGCGUCAUAAUUAUCCACCUGUUUUUUUUUUUAUUUGUCGAUUUGUUGAUUAUCGUGACAGGCCUACGUGUGUGUUGCAUCACUGUAGUCUAACAGCACUCAUGGAAAAGUAGCUUCAGUAGAAAGUCAAGAUCUGAAUCUUUACAUAAAAUAAAUGAAUACAAAAAUCAUAACAAUCAUCAGCAGUUGACUUUGUAUCUCAUCAUUUCAACUUUUUGGUCGAAUAAUUAUGACUCUUAUCUCAAUUGAAUGAUGUUUUCUUUU